UAUCUCUGAAGGAGCUAAAUUACUCGGGGACUUGUUGGAGGAGGAGGCAAUGUUCUCAGUGAACCUCACAAUGUCUUUGUCAAGAACAAGGUUAGGGUUUCGUCUUUCUUAUCCCAUUCUCAAGUUUUCCCAUUUUCUUCCCAACCCUUCUUCUUUCUCUUUCUUCCAUUCUCAAUCUCAGACUUCAUUACUUGACCAUGAUAAUGUUUACGACGCUGUUUCUCACUUCAAUAAAAUGCUUCAUAUGCGUACUGUUCCUCCCAUCAUCGAAUUUACUAAGAUGUUGGGAUUCCUUGUGAGAAUGAAGCACUAUACUACUGCUAUUUUCCUUUUUAAGAAAAUGGAGUUCAAGGGCAUUCAUCAUGACUUUUUUACUCUCAAUAUCCUCCUCAAUUGUUUCUGUCACUUAGCGCAUAUGAACUUCGCUUUCUCUGUUUUUGGCAAGAUCCUCAAGAUGGGUUAUCAGCCAGAUACCAUAACCUUAACUACGCUCAUGAGAGGUCUCUGUCUUAAGGGUGAGGUCAAGCAAGCACUCACCUUUCAUGACAAAGUGAAAACACAAGGAUUUUCGCUCGAUCAGAUUACUUAUGGAACUUUGGUGAAUGGAUUGUGCAAAAUAGGAGAAACCAAAGCUGCCAUAAAGUUACUUAGAAUAAUUGAAGGUAGAUCAACCAGACCCGAUGUGGUAAUGUACAACACAAUUAUUGACUCUCUGCUUAAAGAUGAACUUGCAAAUAAGGCAUAUGAUUUGUAUUCCGAAAUGGUUGACAAGGGAAUUUCUCCUGGUAUAGUAACCUACAAUGUCCUACUUCAUGGCUCUUGUAUUGUGGGUAAGUUACAAGAAGCAAUUGGUUUUGUAAAUGAAAUGAUAUCAAAUAAUAUCAGACCAGAUAUUUAUACCUAUAAUACACUGAUUGAUGGGUUAUGUAAAGAAGGAAGGGUGAAAGAAGCAGAAAUUGUGUUAGGUGUGAUCAUAAGAGCUUGUGUCAAACCGAAUAUCAUUACCUUCAACUCUUUAAUGGAUGGGUAUUGCUUAAUUAACGAGGUGAAUGGUAUGGAACAUGUGUUCGAUGUUAUGACCCAAAUGGAAGUAACUCCUGAUGUCUACAGCUAUAAUAUUAUGAUUAAUGGAUUGUGUAAGAGUAAGAUGAUGGAUGAGGCCAUCAAUCUCUUUAAAAAAAUGUAUUGGAGAAAUGUGGUUCCUGAUAUAGUGACUUACAAUUCUCUUAUUGAUGGUUUAUGUAAAUCUGGGAGAAUCUCUUAUGUUUGGGAUUUUAUUGAAGAGAUGCAUGAGAGUGGUCAACAAGCAAACAUAAUCACUUUCAAUUCCUUGUUACAGGCUUUAUGCCAGAUCCAUCCAGAUAAGACAAAUGAAUUAUUCAUGAAAAUGAUAGAGAAGGAUAUUCAAUCGAGCAAAUAUACUUACAAAGUACUUAUUGAUGGAAUGUGUAAAGAUGGACUACUCAAGAAUGCACGAAAGGUUUUUCAAAUUCUUUUGAUUAAAGACUACCAAUUGAACUUCUGCACUUAUAAUAUCAUGAUCAAUUGUCUGUGCAAAAAGGGUUUGCUCGAUAAGGUAUUGAUCUUGUGGUCCAGAAUGGAAGACAACGGUUGCAUGCCUGGUGCCAUAACUUUUGAAAUAGUCAUCCUAAGUCUUUUUGAAAAUGGUGAGAACGAAAAGGCAGAGAAAUUUCUACGAGAAAUGAUAGCUAGAGGCUUGUUAAAAUGAUAAAAGUUUGAUGGUGAAAUCCCGUGCUGAAAUAUAAUGCAUAGCUGCUGAAGUUGCUUCUUCGUUAUCCUUGUACAAAAUUUGAAUUUGUGUAUCAAAUAUGAAGUGGAAAAUACUUAAAUGUUGAUGUCUUUGUGUAAUUUUAUUUUAAAUCCUUGCAAGUGUCUAUACUUGGUUUUUAAUUCUUA